UCCGCUAGAGGGAGCGCGUUUCCCCGGGCAUUCGGUGUCAAUGAAAGCAAUACAAAACCCUCUGUAAGGAGAGCACAGGGAAGCUCUCCGAGAAACCACGGCAUUCCUGACUAAAAUAAGCUUCUUUAUCACACAUUUCACGCACUAUCCUCCGUUCUCAACAGGCGGGACGCAGUGAAUAAGAGUAUGGGUCAUUAAUCGCCUUUCAAACCCAUCAGCUCAUGGAAUAUUCGCGCUGAUAGAGAAGAUUCCUGGGAACUCCGGGGGAAGGCAAGGAAGCAAAGAAAGAAAGAAAGAACGGGAUUAACAAAAAAGUCAACUGGCGGGUGAAAGCGAGCAAAAGCCCACUCUGGAGGGGCAUCAGGGGAGCCCCUGCGCUGGAUGACCGCCGUUCACUUCUCCCCAGCGGUCUGCAAUGGGGGAGACUAAAGUUAUCUACCAUCUCGACGACCAGGAAACUCCAUACCUGGUCAAACUGCCCAUCCCUGCCGAAAGGGUCACCCUUUUGGACCUGAAAAAUGCCCUCAAGAAACCAAACUACAAGUUUUUCUUUAAAUCUAUGGACGAUGACUUUGGGGUGGUCAAGGAGGAAAUCGCCGACGACAAUGCAAAGCUUCCCUGUUACAAUGGCCGUGUGAUUUGCUGGCUGGUGUCAUCAGACGGCUCCCACUCAGAUGGAUGCUCAGUAGCGGAGAGUCAGUCCGAGCUGCCACCGUCUCACGAGAGAAGCCAAGGCAUUGGAGAUUCCAGACCCCCGUCCUUCCAUCCAAAGGCUGCAGGCAGCCGGCACGGUGUGGACGAUGAGACGGAGACUGAUUCGGUCGUGUCACACAGGAGGGAGAGGGACAGAUCGCGCAGGAAACACUCACAUGAGCACUCUGGAGGAAGGCAGAAUGGCUACUCACGGGUCGGCAGAGGCAUGGAUCUGGGAGGUUAUGACAUCUGUGACAGCCGUUCUUCCCUCAUGAGCAGUGAACUGGAAUCAAGCAGCUGUUUCGACUCGGAUGACGGCUCCACCAGCCAUUUCAGCAGUGUUACGGAGCAAAGCGGCUCGUCCAGGCUAAUGAGACGACACCGCCGGCGGAGACGCAGACCCAAAGCCCAGCAAAUGGAGAGGUCUUCAUCUUUCAGUAGCAUCACUGACUCCACUAUGUCGCUGAAUAUCAUCACUGUCACUUUAAAUAUGGAGAAAUAUAACUUCCUGGGCAUCAGUAUCGUCGGUCAGAGUAACGAGCGCGGUGAUGGAGGCAUCUACAUCGGCUCCAUAAUGAAGGGCGGAGCGGUGGCGGCCGAUGGGCGGAUCGAGCCCGGUGACAUGCUGCUGCAGGUGAAUGACAUCAACUUUGAGAACAUGUGCAACGAUGAUGCGGUACGAGUGCUGAGGGAGAUCGUGCAUAAGCCUGGACCUGUGUCGCUUACUGUGGCCAAAUGCUGGGACCCAAACCCAAACAGUUGCUUUGCUUUGCCAAGGAGCUCUGAUGUGGUUGACUGGUUGUUUCAUCACGUGGAGGGGUUUGCAGAUCGCCGUGAAGCACGAAAGUAUGCCAGCAACCUGUUGAAAGCCGGCUUCAUCCGCCACACUGUCAACAAAAUCACCUUUUCAGAGCAGUGCUACUACAUCUUUGGAGAUCUUUCUGGCAGCUCUGAUGUGGUUGACUGGUUGUUUCAUCACGUGGAGGGGUUUGCAGAUCGCCGUGAAGCACGAAAGUAUGCCAGCAACCUGUUGAAAGCCGGCUUCAUCCGCCACACUGUCAACAAAAUCACCUUCUCAGAGCAGUGCUACUACAUCUUUGGAGAUCUUUCUGGCAACAUGGCCCAUCUCUCUCUGCAUGACCAUGACGGAUCCAGCGGAGCAUCUGAUCAGGACACUCUCGCUCCAUUGCUUCACCCUGCUGAAGCUCCCUGGCCCGCCGCGUUCCCUUACCAGUACCCACCAGCCCAUUCCCUCCCGGAUGCAGCUCACAGCUACUCUGAAGCCGGUGGAGGCAGCGCGGGCAGCCAGCACAGCGAAGGGAGCAGCGGUUCAAACUGCAGCUGGAGCAGGACUGAGGGGAAAACCCCAGCUGGAGACUUCAGGUUAGGAGGAGGAAGCGAAAUGGUCGACGCUCAUGACUUUGACUUCCGCAGAGACAGAGCCCCCAGCGAGCGCUCGGUGCCGCCCAGCGAGGGCAGCGUGCGCAGCUCACGAUCUCACAGCUACAGCCUGAAGCAGGGAUCUGCACGAGCCGGCCCGGGGUCGCUGUCCGGCCGCCACCUCGCCAGCAUCCCCCCCGAACUCACGGGCUCCCGACGCUCGUGCAACACAGCCAAUGGGGAGUUCUUCGUCGACAUCAUGUGACUGUUGCGAGCAGAAGUGCCCAGACUGUUUUUUGCCUUAUGAAUUACAAAAAAAAAACGUGGCCUACUAGUGCAGCCAAUUAGAAUUAGGAUUAGUGCUGACCUAAAAUUCAGUAGCUUGUGAGCCCCAACAUCACUUAGGUCUUAGAAAUUAGUCUACUAAAGCAUAAGCAAAGAAUUCAUGCUUACAAUAACAGAUUAAGACGUUUUACUAAAUGUACAAUAUCACCUCAAAAUAUUUGGGAAAUGUGCGGUUGGAGCAAAGAAAAAAAAUGGGACAAAAAAAGAGAGAUUUUGAGAGAAAUAGCAAUAAUUGAAUGGGAUUUAGUUACAACACUAUAUGGGUGUGAGGAUUCAAGGUGAAUGUAGUCCAACCAAGGACGUAAAUGUCAAAUUUCCAAAUUUCUGUUGCCCUUGUUUAGCGCGUAUUUGGAGGUUCUUAACUUUUUUUGCCCUUUUUUAAAUUUUUUACUCUCAGUAAAUGUCUCGUGCAGAUAUUUCAUUAUUCAUGGAACUUGUUUUUACUGAGAAUAUAUUUUUCAGUGUUUGUCAGCAAUAUUGUAUUGGGAGGAUUUUUGAAGUACCUUGU